UCCUACAGUGAUUCAGAAUCAAGUGGCAAGAAUGCUCCGGAUGUUCGCGAUUAAGCUGAACUUGAACGGAGCUCGACAAUGGCCGCGUACGGUUUCACAAAUCGGAGGCGUUCGCUUUUUUACUUCCCUUUACCUUCGCGUUUCGAUUAAUCGCAUCUCGGUGUUGAGGACUGAUCGCAGAUCACACGUUCGAUUCGAGCUCGCUCGCUGCUGGGCUCUCGCGGUUUGCAGUGUCACACGCAGCACAAACAAUGACUUUGAUACAGGAGUAUACAGAUAUGCCGCCUCAAAAACAUCAUUCGAGAAGUACUUCACACCUACAGUGGCACAAUACUUCGCACGAGUUGGGGUCAUUGCAAGUUUGGUCGUCUUAACUGCAGUAGCAUUAAAAAAGAGAAGGGAUGCUCGAGAACAUUUGUACCGUACUGGACAAAUUGAUUAUGCAAGCAGGCCACAUAGAUUUGUUUGUUAGAUGAUUAUUUUAAUAAAAUACAUGAAGUUGGUGUAUGUAACAUAACUCUAGAUUGUAUAGAAAUAAAUUUACAACAAUAUAUGUA